AAGUUUAUUUAGCUGUCCUUGUAGACGGUAGCCCGGUCUCUCGUCACGCUCAGUUGCGUUGCGUAUCAUCCGGGUACUCACGGGGGAAAAAACAAUAACAAAGGCAACAACCAGUCCGGGGAAUUGCGUUAGAUCAGUGCCCCUUUAAUUACAACUUUACAUACUUCAAGUUAGUAAAAAAUAUUAGAAGUCUGAAUGACAUUGUCAAAUAACAUGGUUAAGAUAAGAUAUAUAUAUAUAACUGACGUGGCUCUGCAAACAGCUGUAGUGAUCGGUCACGUGAUCAACUUUCCCGCCAACACCGACAGGCAACAGAUUAAGACAAGACACUGGAUAACAACACAAACCAAUUCCACAUCGAUCAACCAUCAUCCGCUUUAGGUCCGUGUUACAAAAAUCCGACAGGCGACAGAUUGCGACUGGACACUGGACAGCAAACCAAAACCCAAUCCACAUCGAUCCACCAUAAUCCGCUCACGUUGAAAGAUGCAGACAAUGCAGAUGGAACAUCUUGUGGAACAAAUGAUAGUUAAAGGAAUAAUUUGUCAUCCCACAAGACCAAAGACUCAACUUCGGAAGUUCUUCGAGGAGGAAGUCAGUUUGAACCAGGACGAGAUAGCUGAAAUAGCUGAACAUUUCAACAAACUGAGGAGUGAUGUUGUAUCAUAUCUCAACGAGUCAACUCCAUGGACGUGGAAAACGUUUUCAGCGGGAUCUUACUAUGAUGGAACCAAGGUUUCCAGACCAAAUGAGAUGGACUGCCAACUGAUUCCAUCCUUUGUUGACGCGGUAACGCCAGACUACGAACGUUGCCAGCCUAGCCACUGCAGGCUGAAGGUUAACAACGAUGAAGAACACCACCUUCACAAAUACUGUGAUGAAGGCUUUAUGAACAUGGAAAAGUUCAGAAGAUACAUCUUUUGCAAGCUGGAUAAAUUUCAGAGCGGGCAAAGAAUUAAAAAGGAUCUUACGUAUGACAAAAGUCCAUCGUACCGCGUCAUCUACAAGACAACGGCUGACCUGCCAGACAUUGAGAUUGACUUUGUCGCAGCCAUCCAUGUUGACGAGUGGCCAGAUUUCCCUCUGGCCAACAAUUUACGAACGAAACUAUCCAGGGAUUUGCCCAGCGAGGUUGAUCCAAAAGGGAUCAUGGAUGAGGGCUUCAAUACCGUGAUGAAGCUUUGCAAGGCUGAUGUUCCGGACAAGGCUCUCCAGUGGAAGAUGAGCUUCACCUAUGCAGAGAAAAUGCUUUCGAAGCACGCAGACAAGAAAUGCUGGAAGCCAGUUAUAAGAAUUAUCAAGAGGGCAAAGGAGAUCGCAAAAGGUGACAGUGAUUUAUCCGACACAUCCAGCAUAUCAAAGCAGAUCAAAAAAGCUGCUGAGUACACAAAAAGGCAUUUCUUCCCUGACAGCGAUGACAGAUUGGGCCUGGGGACGUACCCGAUACGCAUGUUGAUGUGGACCCUGAUGUAUGACAGAGAGUUAGGAAGAGGGUACACAGCCUGGCAGAACUCAGACACGCUUGAAGAACUGCAUUUCAGUCUUAGACAAUUUAGAAAGAUGCUAGUUGGAAAUCUACCGAUUCCGAAUCUGUUUAUGCCCCUAAUGGCCGAUACCAUGACAACUGCAAGACAUGAUGAUAAACGUUUCAUGUACAUCAUGACGUUGGUCAUUGGCGUACUGUUUUCUGAACAACCAGAUGAUUAAAGGUACCUGUUGCAUUGCAUCUCCAGGUCUACCUAUCCUGCUGCUACAAAUGCAACAUAAGAAACUUCAAGUUUGAUAUAUUUGGAAUCAGUAUCAUUUUUUUACUAUUGCCAUUUUCUGUGUUUUCUAAGUGUUAAAGAGAGGCUCAGGUCAGUUGGCACUCCUAGCUAAUUUGUUUUAUAGUCAUUCAAAACGCACUUUAUCAGGGUAUGAAACUCCCAAAAAAUUCAGCCAGACCACAGGACUGGCUAGCUGAAAUACUUGCCAGCCCUGACCAAAACCUGCCUGCCCACUAUAAUCAUAUGUGUUCUGAAGCGUCCGGGAACAAUUGUCCGGGAACAAGUUUCAUGUUCCUGGACACAGUGGUUGACGCAUUGGUACACAACAGCUUCGCGGAAAGUGUUAAAGUUGGCAUGCAGCACGUGCUUCUUGCUGGAUGAGCGCAAAAUGCGCAUGCUCUAGAAACAGUUUAUUCCAGUUGGCUUCUGGCAUUCAUAUGGGCAAGGAGUAAAUGGAUAUCUCUCUCUAAGUUAGCAAAUAGUGAAUUAGAAAAUUACAGAAAUAGAAUAGAAUAGAAUAGAAAUAGUUGAGAGAGUUACCCAUUUACAUUGUUACCAUACGGCAACUUCACUUUUAGUUUCAAAUCCAUUUCAUUUGAUCUUAUCACAUUUUCAUUGUUUAGUUGAUUACAAGGGGAUUUCACGUUUAGUUGAUUGCAAGGUAAGUUUUCAUGUUUAGUUUAGUUCAGUCUUCCACUGCGAACCAAUAUGUUUCUCAGGAUAAUUUAAUUAAAAAUAUGAAAACUGAUUGCUUGUAGCAUAAGCGCAUCGCUAAAUGUUAGGUUGUCUAAAAGCUAACGGGAUUUCUUUUUGGUUAUAUUUUAUCAUUC